GGUUUGUACGUGGGCGGGGUCUCGGGCUGGAACUAACAGGUGGGACCCUCCCCGCUCCGCUGCUGUUCCAAGUCCGGGUUGCCUCGCAGCCGGCUCAGCUGGGCGGUGCCCCGGCCGCCCAGGCGCCCCAGCCGCCCUGGCGCCCCGCUACUGGGCAGGAAGAGAAGAUGAAUAAACCCAUAACAUCUUCAACAUAUGUGCGCUCCCUCAAUGUUGGACUAAUCAGGAAGCUGUCAGAUUUUAUUGAUCCUCAAGAAGGAUGGAAGAAGUUAGCGGUAGCUAUUAAAAAACCAUCUGGUGAUGAUAGAUACAAUCAGUUUCACAUAAGGAGAUUUGAAGCAUUACUUCAAACUGGAAAAAGCCCCACUUGUGAAUUACUGUUUGACUGGGGUACCACAAAUUGCACAGUUGGUGAUCUUGUGGAUCUUUUGGUCCAAAAUGAGUUUUUUGCCCCAGCAAGUCUUUUGCUACCAGAUGCUGUUCCCCAAACUGUUAAUACACUACCUGCUAAAGAAGCUGUAACAGUUCCUCAGAAAGAAUUGCCUCUCUGUGGCAAAGACAGGACAUUUGUGUUACCUGUGCAGGAUCUUGAACAAAACUAUGUGCCCCCUGACUCCUCAAGUCCAGAAAAUAUAAGUUUAGCAGAGAGUGAUACACGUUUUCACAGCUUUUCAUUUUAUGAAUUGAAGAAUGUCACAAAUAACUUUGAUGAAAGGCCCAUUUCUGUCGGUGGCAACAAGAUGGGAGAGGGCGGGUUUGGAGUUGUGUAUAAAGGCUGCGUGAACAACAAAACUGUAGCAGUGAAGAAGCUUGCAGCAAUGGUUGACAUUAGUACUGAAGAACUGAAACAGCAGUUUGAUCAAGAAAUAGAAGUUAUGGCAAAGUGUCAACAUGAAAACUUAGUAGAACUACUUGGUUUCUCAAGUGACGGAGAUGACCUCUGCUUAGUGUAUGUUUACAUGCCCAAUGGCUCAUUGCUGGACAGGCUGUCCUGCUUGGAUGAUACUCCACCACUUUCUUGGCAUAUGAGAUGCAAGAUUGCUCAGGGUGCAGCUACUGGCAUCAGUUUUUUACAUGAAAACCAUCAUAUUCAUAGAGACAUUAAAAGUGCAAAUAUCUUACUAGAUGAAGACUUUACAGCCAAAAUAUCAGACUUUGGGCUUGCACGGGCUUCUGAGAAGUUUGCCCAAACAGUCAUGACUAGCAGAAUUGUGGGAACAACAGCUUAUAUGGCACCUGAGGCUUUACGAGGAGAAAUAACACCCAAAUCUGACAUAUACAGCUUUGGUGUGGUUUUAUUAGAAAUAAUAACUGGACUUCCAGCUGUAGAUGAAUACCGUGAACCUCAGUUAUUGCUAGAUAUUAAAGAAGAAAUCGAAGAUGAAGAAAAGACAAUUGAAGAUUAUAUUGAUACGAAGAUGAAUGACAUUGAUCCCAUUUCCAUUGAAACCAUGUAUUCUGUUGCCAGUCAAUGCUUGCAUGAAAAGAAAAAUAAGAGACCAGAUAUUAAGAAGGUUCAACAGCUGCUGCAAGAAAUGACAGUUUCUUGAAACUUCACUGGAAGACUCUUGGUUUUUUUAUAUACAGCUAUGUAAACAGUUUUUAAACUAAAUUUUUGUUAUAAACAUUCUUUUUUACCUUUAACAAGGCAGCAUGGAGCAUGGAACCCCCAACAUAUAUAUAGAACAAAAGUAGAGUCACUAUAUCAACCCUAAUCCCUGGCUUUUUAGUGUCACCCUCAGUUCUUGAGUAAUCCCCAAGACCUCGCCUUAGAACCUCACCAAACAUGGUUUGAAAACUAUAGAAUUAGCAACAAAGGGGACUGGACUAUAGGGUGAAAAGACCCGAAGCUGAAGCCCCAACUCCACUACUAAUUUGCCGUAGAGCUUUGGACAAUCCUUUAACAGCUUUGAGCCUUUGUUUUUUCACUGGUAACAUUAGGCUAAUUAUCUACUGUGCUUCUCUGACAGGUAGUCCUGGAAAUCCAAUGAUGCAGACUAUGUACAAGCACUUUGUAACAUGUAAAGUGAUGUAAAAUUUAAAGUUUAUGUUUAUACAAUCCAAUUACAGUCGUUUGUUUAUA